AUUCAUUUAAUAAUGCUUAAUAUUUUAUCAGCAUUUUGUCAACAAGGUGUAACGAUUAACAGUAAAUUAACCACAAUUCGCUCCCUUUUAUUUACUUUGUUAGUAUUUACUUUUUUAUGGUACAAUUAUUACACAUCGAGUAUAGUCUCAUUGCUACUUAACAACAAACCAGAAACGUUUAAAGAUAUCGAAUCCGUUAUUGAUAGCGAUUUAACAGUAGGAAUUGAGAAUAUAGCGUUUAAAAGAAUUCUGAACGCUACAAAUCACCCAACUUUACGGCGAAUGCAAGAACUUGCUGAUAAAAACGAUUCAAAAGUUGACUUUUAUCCCCAAGAAGUGGGAAUAAGUAAAAUUAAAAAUGUAGGAUUUUCUUAUUUCGCCGAAUCAAUAAGUGCGUAUAAUUAUAUAGGUAAACAAUUUGUUAAUGAUGAAAUUUGCAAUUUAAACGAAGUGGAAACAUUGAGACCGACGAUGAUUUAUUUAGUUGCAAAAAAACGGGGACCUUUUAACGAAUUAUUAUCAAUUACAUACAGAAGAUUUGUUCAAUACGGAUUAGUUAGUAGACAAAAUAAGAUAUUUUGCGACGAGAAACCGCUCUGUUUACAAAAUAAACGUUUCAUCCAAAUUGGAAUAGAACAAGUUGCACCCGCUUUUAUUAUAUUAAUAUUUGGAUAUUUACUGAGUAUUAUCAUAUUUUUAUUAGAAAAAAUCAUUUAUUGAUUUCACUACAAAAGUUUAUCGUUACAAAGAAUCGCGAAUCCUACUGAUCAAAGGCACCGAUUUCUCUUGGGUCCCACUAUUUUAUGGGUACUGUGUCGACAAAAGCUUCAGCGACAAAUAAAUAAAUAAUGAACAGUUUGGGUAUUCACACAGGUUUCAAGAAAUUCGAUGAACUCAAAGCCGAAGACGUGCAAUAUAAAUUUAAAAUUAACUGUGAAAUUGUGUAAGGAUUGAUAUGACAUUAAUUUAACAAGAGAUCAUUUGAAAUUUACACGAACUAUCCUCUCAAUUUAACUCGUCCAAAUUAUUUUCCUUGAAAAUGCAAAAUUCUCACUCUAGAAGACUAGAUAUACUGCUAGCACAAAACUAGAUAUUGAUACAAGUUUAAUUUGUCUUUAUAUCAGACUAGGUAUGGCGCACAGAAGUCUAGAUACUACUUGUAGGAGCCUAGAUACUGGUAGUGAAAACCUAGAAAUUCUAAUAGAAGACUAGGUACUGCUGGCAAAGAACUAUAUACUGUUCUUAGUAGACUAGAUAUGAUGAAUAGAAGAUUGGAUACUGCUUGUGAAUGAUUUCCUACUAUUUGCAAAAGACUACACUGUUGCGAGCACUACUUGCAACGUAGAUAUACUAAAUAUUGCUGGCAGAAAACUAUAUUUCAAUAAAUAACAAAAUCUUUCUCUUCUAAGACUAACCACCGCUGGCAGAAGACUAGAUACUGCUAAUUGAAGAGUAGAUACUACUAAUAAAAUCCUAUAUAUUGCGUUUUUUUAAGAAAACCACGUUUGUAGAA